GUGAUGAUUAAUUUUAUGCCUCACUUUGGCUGGGUCAUAAUGCCCAGAUACUCAGUCAAACUUCAUUCUAAACAUUCUGGAAGUGUUUGUCUAUCCAAUGCCUGUUCCACCAUCAUAUUUUGAAAACACAGAGUCUGUUUUUACAAGUUUAUAGCUGGAGAGGAAUUUUGCCUUAGAUAAAUCACAGGUUUUGGUUCACUAGGUACAUUGUCAAAGAGCGCUGUGACUCAUCCUUGUAUGAUUUAGAUGAUAUUUUUGAUAAUCUUGAUAAUUUUGAUGAUUUUUUAAGAUGAGACUUGACUUUAAAGUUGAUGCUGAGUAAGUUAAGACUUUUGGGGCUAUUUGGAUGAAAUGAAUGUACUUUGCAUGAAAUAGGGAUGUAAGAUAUUUUGGGGGGUGGCAGGUGCAGAAUGCUGUGAAUUAAAUUGUGCCAUGCCCUCAAAUUCAUAUGUGGAAGCCUGAACCCCAAAUGUGACACUGUCUAGAGAUGGGGACUUUAGGAGGUAACAAAGGUUAAAUGAGGUCAAAAAAGUGAGGCUCUAAUCCCAUAAGUUUGCUGGCUUUCUAAGAAGAAGAAAAGAGAAAUCUCUUUGUCUCACUACUUGAGGACACAGCAAGAAGGCUGACACCUGCAAGCAAGGAAGACAACCCUCACCAGAAACUGCAUUGGAUGGAACCUCAAUGUUGGACUUCUAGCCUCCAGAACUGUGAGAAAAUAAAUUUCUGUUGUUUAAGUCACCCUGUCUAGGGUAUUUUUGUUAUGGCAGCCUGAGCUGACUAAGUGUUUUUUGGGUAAUAUUAACAUUUAAAUUGGUGCUGUAAUUGAAUGCAUGUAUCUCCCCAAAAUUCAAAUGUUCAAAGUGUUAACCCCCAAAGUGAUGACAUUAGUAUGUGGGGCUUUUUGGAAGGUAUUUAGAUCAUGAGGGUAGAGCCCUAAUGAAUGGGAUUAGUGCCUUCAUAAAGGAGGCCUCAGGAGGCGUGUUUGCCCCUUCCACCACGAGAAGUUACACUGAGAAUAUGGUUGUCUUUGAGAAAAUGGGGCCUCAUCAAACACUGAAUAUACUAGUCCCUAAAUCUUGGACUUCUCAGCUUCCAGAAAGAAAUACAUUUCCAUUGUUUAUAAGCUACCAGGCUAUGGUAUUUGUUAGAGCAACCCAAAAGACUAAGACAAUGGUGAAUAUAACAGAUUGCUUUCCUAAUGUGGGGGUGGGGUUUAUCCAAUCAGUUGAAGGCUUAAAUACACCAAAGACAGAUGUUUCCUGAAAAAGAAUUCUUCCAAGAAGACACACUUGCAAACUGAACUAAAACCUCUCCCUCAGUCUACAGCACACUGGCCUACCUCAUCAAUUUUGGAUUUACCAAAUCUCCAUAAUGGUAUCAGAGAAUUCCUUGAAAUAAAUCUUUCUGUAUAUAAAGGCACAGCAUGGAGAUAUUUUGAGUUCAGUUCCAGGCCAUAACAAUAAAGCUAAUAUUGCAAUAAAAUGAGUCACAUUUUGUUUUGUUUCCCAAUGCAUAUAAAAGUUAUGUUUAUACUAUCUUGUAGUCUAUUAAGUGCAAUAGGCAUUAUAUCAACAAAACAAUGUACAUACCUUAAUUAAAGAAAACCUUAUUGCUAAAAACAAACAAACAAAAAAAAACUAACAACUGCCUUAUCUUUCAAUGAGUCAUGAUCUUUUUGCUGGUAAGGGCUCUUGCCUUGAUUUUGAUGGCUGUUGACUGACCAUGAUGGUGUUUGCCAAAGAUUGGGUGUCUGUGCCAAUUACUUGAAAUAAGACAAUGAGAUUUGCCACAUUGACUGACUCUUUCUUUCACAAAAUAUUUCACUAUAGCAUGCUAAACUAUUUGAUAGCAUUUUACCCACAGUAGAAUGUUUUUCAAAACUGGAGUAAAUCCUUUCAAACCCUGCUGCUGCUUUAUCAACUAAGUUUAUGUAAUAUUCUAAAUCCUUUGUUGUCAUUUCAACAAUGUUCACAGCAUGUUCACCAGGAGCAAAUUCCAUCUCAACAAACUACUUUCACCCAGACUCCUGCCAUAGAGAAAAUGGAGCUGAUCCAGAAGGCUAAGCUAGCUGAGUGCUAUGAUGACAUGGGUACCUGCAUGAAGGCCAUGACCAAGCAGGGCACCGAGCUGUCCUAUGAGGAGUGCAACCUGCUUUCCGUGGCCUACAUGAGUGUGGUUGGGGGCUGCAGGUCCACCUGCAGGGUGCAGAAGACUGACACCUCUGACAAGAAGUUGCAGCUGAUUAAGGACUACCAGGAGAAAGUGGAGUCUGAGCUGAGAUCGAUCUGCACCACGGUCCUGGAAUUGUUGGAUAAAUAUUUAACAGCCAAUGCAACUAAUCCAGAGAGUGGGGUCUUCUAUCUGAAAAUGAAGGGUGAUUACUUCCAGUACUUUGCUGAAGUUGCAUGUGGUAAUGAUCAAAAACAAAUGAUAGAUCAUUCCCAAGGAGCUUACCAAAAGGCAUUUGAUAUAAGCAAGAAAGAGAUACAAUCCACACAUCCAAUCUGCCUGGGGCUUGCUGUUAACUUUUCUGUAUUUUACUAUGAGAUUCUUAAUAACCCAGAGCUUGCCUGCACGCUGGCUAAAACGGCUUUUGAUGAGGCCAUUGCAGAACUUGAUACACUGAAUGAAGAUUCAUCCAAAAGACAGCACCCUCAUUAUGGAGUUUCUUAG